GCGCCUACGCACCACAGUUCUGGGCAGGAACGUUGCAAGGGUUAGUUCCCCGGGUCCAGUGCAACCAGAAUCCGCUACCGCAGCCCUGCGAUGUGCGCGGUGCUCCGCCAACCCAAAUGCGUCAAGUUGCGAGCCCUACACAGCUCAUGCAAGUUUGGCGUGGCGGCCCGGAGCUGCCAGGAACUACUGCGGAAAGGCUGCGUCCGCUUCCAGCUCCCGGUGUCCGGCUCCCGGCUGUGCCUGUACGAAGAUGGCACGGAGGUGACCGACGACUGCUUCCCGGGCCUUCCCAAUGACGCUGAGCUCCUAUUACUCACCGCUGGUGAGACCUGGCGCGGCUAUGUGAGUGACAUCACACGUUUCCUCAGUGUGUUUAAUGAGCCGCAUGCCGGGGUCAUCCAGGCUGCACGGCAACUGCUGUCAGAUGAGCAGGCCCCACUGAGGCAGAAGCUGCUGGCCGACCUUCUGCAUCAUGUGAGCCAGAACAUUACUGCAGAGACCCGGGAGCAGGACCCGUCCUGGUUUGAAGGCUUGGAGUCUCGAUUCAGGAAUAAGUCUGGCUACCUGAGAUACAGCUGUGAGAGCCGGAUCCGGGGUUACCUGAGAGAGGUGAGUGCUUACACCUCUAUGGUAGAUGCAGCGGCUCGAGAAGAGUACCUGCGUGUCCUCAGCUCCAUGUGCCAGAAGCUCAAGUCCGUGCAGUACAAUGGUAGCUAUUUCGACAGAGGUGCAGAGGCCAGCAGCCGUCUUUGUACCCCAGAAGGCUGGUUCUCCUGCCAGGGCCCCUUUGACCUGGAGAGCUGCCUUUCCAAGCAUUCUAUCAACCCCUAUGGCAACAGGGAGAGCCGCAUUCUCUUCAGUACCUGGAACCUGGAUCAUAUAAUAGAGAAGAAGCGCACAGUGGUACCCACGCUGGCUGAAGCGAUCCAGGCCGGGAGGGAGGUGAACUGGGAGUACUUUUACAGCCUGCUCUUCACUGCUGAGAACCUGAAGCUGGUGCACAUCGCCUGCCACAAGAAGACCAUACACAAGCUGCAGUGUGACCGCAGUAGGAUCUAUCGGCCUCAGACAGGAUCCAAGAGGAAGCAGCCUGCUCGGAAGCGCCUUGCUCGGAAAUGCCAGUGACACGUGCCAGGCCCUCUUUGAGGCGACUUUAAUGGUAAUGGGGGUGAUUAUGCUUUAUGCUUUGUCAUGUCACUCCAGAAGGUUCAAGGAAAGUCUUUAGGAGUCUUCCCAACGGAUCCGAUUUGUGUACCUUCCCAGUGUGCUUCCCCAGCCUCUGACAGUCCAGUGUGCAGAGGACAGUGACUGUGCUCAUUGUGUUCCUGUGGCAGGGUCUUCAUGCUCAUGGCCCCAGGGCUGAACUCUGCCACUGUGAAGUGUAUGGGGUGCUGGUUGGUGCUGAGCUUUUAUGGCCUCUAUCUCUACUGCAAAUGGCAGCUCUGACUCUGUGCCUCUGGAAGAAUUGAUGCUCCUGGGGUAAAUGUUUGCAUUUCAUAAAGAACAA